GGCUGCGGGGGGCGGUGCCCGACGGGCGCAGGACCGGCGAUGGGGCGGUGCGCGGAGCGCUGAGGGGCCGCGGGGCCGGGGCUGCAGGUCCCCGCGGCAGAGGGGUGCGGAGCUGCGAUGACGACGGGCGACUGCUGCCACCUGCCCGGCUCCCUGUGCGACUGCCCGGGCAGCGCCGCGCUCUCCAAGUCGGUGGAGGACUCGGACAUCGGGCGGCCGCAGUACAUCACCCAGGUCACCGCCAAGGACGGCCGCCUGCUCUCCACCGUCAUCAAGGCGCUGGGUGCGCAGAGUGACGGUCCCAUCUGUCGAAUCUGUCACGAAGGUGGAAAUGGGGAGGGACUGCUUUCCCCGUGCGACUGCACAGGAACACUGGGCACCGUGCACAAGAGCUGCCUGGAAAAAUGGUUGUCCUCCUCCAACACAAGUUACUGUGAGCUCUGCCACACAGAAUUUGUUGUAGAGAGAAGACCGAGGCCUUUGACAGAGUGGCUGAAGGAUCCCGGUCCCCGCAAUGAGAAGAGGACGCUGUUCUGCGACAUGGUGUGUUUCCUGUUCAUCACUCCCCUGGCGGCGAUCUCGGGCUGGCUGUGUCUCCGCGGAGCACAGGACCAUUUGCAGUUCAACAGCCGCCUGGAGGCCAUCGGACUCAUAGCACUAACUAUAGCACUUUUUACAAUCUACGUCCUUUGGACGCUGGUUUCGUUCCGCUACCAUUGCCAGCUGUACUCGGAGUGGCGCAGGACCAACCAGAAGGUUCGCCUGAUGCUCCCGCCCGUGCGCAGCCCCCACCCCGCGCCCCACUCCCUGCUCUCCGCCAAGCUGAUGAAGAAGACGGCGGAUGAGACCACGGUCUGAGCCACCCCGGCCUCAGGGUGAGCAAACGGGGCCGGAUCCGAGCCCGCGGGGAGCGCUGCGGAGCACCCAGAGGGACUUGAUCCUUUGGGAAACACAGAUUGUAAACCUCUCAUCACGUGGAGUGGCCCGAAAGAGCCGGCUGGCAGAGCGGGCUGUCUGCAGGGACGCUUGCCUAUAGCACCAUACAUGGAAAAUCUCUCUCAUAUAUAUAUAUAUAUAUAUAUCUAUAUAUAAUAUUAUUUUUUAAUGGCCAUGCAUAUUGUGUUUCAGUCCUUUACGUGUCGAUGUUCUAAGCUUCAGUAUAGAAGCUGGCAGCCUGAUCUCAUUCAGAGGUUAAAUCUAAUGCCUUCUCUCCAAACGAGCGCGUACGGAGCGCUUCUCGUCGACCAUCCUUGGGAGCCCCUUCUCCUUUGCACUAAAUUGGUUUUGAUAAUAUUGCGGCCGCCUUUCCCGUUACUCUCUGGUCUUUUUUUUGUGGAGUUUCUGUCCUUUCUAGAAAAAGUUGUGUGUUUUUAAUAAUUAUUAUAACCCCAGAAGGAGUUAAAAUGACGUAAUGCUGAAUGGAGACGUUUUGUAUUGUAAAGUACUGUAAUUUUGAGAAUUUCAAAAUGAGCAAACCUUUUCCUGUGCAGACAUGGUCUCACGGGAUGCUUUCCUUGCAGGUCCUGGCUCAUCCCCAGGACUCGGAUGCGCUCAGCUCUUGGCACGUCCAACAAAGGAAGAUGGAGGGGGCGAGGGUGGGGAGCGACGGCUGAACCCACCCUCACCUUUCUCUUUCAGAGCUCAUAAUGGAGCUUUCCCACCCCAAAAAAGGGGAGAGUUGGAGUCUUUUUGCUGCUGUCCUCACGCAGCCUUGAGGCCGGACCUCUCGCUGGCAGUCCCACGCGUCCCCUCUCGGCCGUCUCUGUGCGUUGUGUUUGCACAUUCCGUGGCAGCAGCCGGAGGAGCCGCUGUCAUUUGGCUCAGCCCUGAAAUCUCUGCCUGCCCGCUGCGUGUCCUCCAGCGAAAUGGUCCCCACGCCCCUUCUCCAGGGCUGACAUUCCUCCUCCUCCUCCAUUCACCUGUUUCCAGCACAUCUGGCUACCAAACCCUCUGUCUCGGUGGCCAUGCCACCAGGGGCACUCCUUGCCCCUCAGCGCUGUGCCAACAAUGCCUGUGUGCAGUGCUGUGCUCCCCGAGGUGCUCACAGACCGUGUCCCUCCGUUGCUGAGCCCAAUGGGUCAGUCGGUGCCCUGUGAGAUGGAGCCCGCUCGUUUCUUGGACACAAAGCACCCCGUGCCAUUCCUGCUUCUCUCCAGCUGCAAAGCUGGGUGUUGUUCCUUGCGUGUCCCGUGCUCCUUGGUUCUUUCCCUCUGCCUGACCCUAGGCUUGAAGUCCCUGGUGGACACGAGCAGCACCCUGCCUCUCCCAGCCCCGGGCUGCGCUCUGUGUCUGCUUUCCUCCAUUUCUCUCCCAUCCCGGGGUGAUCCGUGCAGCACCUUGCAGCAUCCCCUACCCGCAGUGUGCAGGUCCUGGCAGUCUGCAGGCAGCACGAGGGUCUCAUUCCUGCUCCCCCCAUUCCUGCCUGCUGCCUCCCCCUCUGUGCAGGUUUGCAGUGGGGCCGUGCAACGGUGGCUGUGCUCCCUUGGAAGGGCUCAGCCGUCCCCUGUGUGCCACAAAUCCCCCCCCAGGUGCUGCCUCCCUCCCAUCCCCUUCCCUUGGCUGCGGGCGCUGCACCACCAUGCUGUGCCUUGUCCCGGGUGCCUCCAUUCAGCCCCCCUGACAAACCACAACCUGGGGACACAGUGCAGCCCCCCCAGCUCUGGCUGCCUCCCAGAGGCUUGGUGUUCUGGCAGUGUGUAGGGAUGAGGGCUCCCAGGCCGUGUUCCCACAGUGAGGACUCGAAGGAGGCAGUGUUGCAGCGAGGAAACACACAGAUUGUCCAAAUACACAGCUGGGAAAGCCAGAAGUGCCCGGCUGGGGCAGAUGGGGCUGCACAGCCGCAGCCCCACGCUCUGCUUCAUUGUCUUUAUCAUAGUUGCCAAUCAUUGGAGCUGUUGCAUGUGCCCCUGCGAAACCCAACAGUGACUCUUUGAGUCUUCUCCUCCUUCCCAGAGGAGAUAUUGAGCUCAUGGGCGUGGGAAAGCAGCGUCUGACCCGGUGUCGUGGGGGAAACGGGCUGUGCAAUUCUGUAAAUAAAAGUGAGACAAACUUGGG